CUUCUUCCGUCUGUGGCUCUGCCGCUCGAAGGCAUCGUCGGAUCCCUCACUGGGCACACCUCUCUCUGACCCCCCCCCCUUGUCCGACGUCACCAUGUCGACCUCGUCACCCCCUUCGUCCAUCCUCAUCAUCGGUUCAGGCGUCUUUGGCCUUUCUACAGCCCUCGCCUUGGCCCUUCGUCCAGCCUACGCCAAGACGGAGAUCACCGUUCUCGACCGCUCACCCGAACAAGGCGUCUUCCCUUCGCACGACGCUUCGAGCAUCGACUCUUCGCGCAUCAUCCGCCCCGACUACGCAGACCCCGCCUACUCGGCUCUCGCCGCCGCCGCCCAUCACCACUGGCGCCACAGCCCCCUCGGCGAAGAUGGCCGCUACACAGAGUCGGGCAUGGCUCUCAUUGCCGACGCGCCACCAGCUCACGUCAAGACGCGCACGCAGAUGGACUAUGUCCGCGACAGCUACGCCAACGUCAAGCGCCUCGCCCAGAGGAAGGAGUGCGGCAUCGACGCCGCCAGGCUCAGCGAGCUGCCGAGCAGGCGCGCCAUUGCCGAGCUUGUGGGCCUCAACCCGGCCGACGCCAACGCCGACACCGAUGCCGACACGACGCCCGGCGACUGGGGCUACCUCAACGGCAACUCGGGCUGGGCCGACGCCCGGCCGCAGCAUGCAAUCAAAGUCGCACGCCAAGGCUACGAGCUACGUCAACCCGCGCCGACCCCCGCCGCCGCCCUGGCGACGCGGCCCGAGCGCCGCCUCGCCCCCACGACCUCGCUCCCCUACACGCCGUCGACGAACCCGGCCCUGCGCAUCCCCGCCGAGGCCGAGGCCGACCUGCGCCGCGUGCUGCGCGCCACCGUCCCCCUCGCGCAGCUGCACGACCGCCCCUUUGCCGCCUCGCGCAUCUGCUGGUACACUGACACGCCGACGGGCGAUUUCCUCGUCGACUACCAUCCCGGCUGGCGGGGCCUGUUCCUCGCGACGGCGGGCAGCGGCCACGGCUUCAAGUUCCUGCCCAUCAUCGGCGACCACAUUGUCGAUUGCGUCGAGGGCCGCCGGCCUGAGGCGUUUGAUGACAAGUGGCGGUGGCGCGGCGUCGAGAGAAGGGACGACGACGUGGAGCAGGUGUACGAGCACAUUGUCACAGAGGAUGGGAGUCGGGGCGGCAAAUUGGGGCUCGUGCUGGCCGAGGAGCUGGCUAAGAGCCACCGCGCGAAGAUGUAG